GACAGUACAAUAAAAUGUCAGAAAUACCAAUUUGAUUAUAUUUCGAAGUGAUAUUCAUACAAUAUUAUUUUGGAGAUUUUAUUUUUAUCCGAUUUUUAAUUAAUAGAACUUAAACUUGGUCAGUUAAUACUUAUGUCCAACAUGAAGCAAUUACAAACUAUGCUCUUCAACUAUGAGACUACAAUGAGAACCGAUUUCCGGUAUGGUGAAAUAACGCCUUUAACCACAACUAAAUACAAAGAAAAACCAUCUUGCGUUAGGAUUCGACCUAAACCUUUAAAAGACAUACAUACUUUAGUAGAUUGGAAAGUACCAAAUGUUCCCUUUGAAUUGAUGACAGGACGAAAAGAGGUAGUACGGACAAAUCCCCGAGAAAAGCAAGUACCGUACAAAACACUACCAGAUUUGGAAUUCGAGGAUGUAAAGAGGAGUAGACCACGUCUUGUUAUGACGCCCGCUGCCAGUGUCGACGACGCUGAUGAUGUGACCCGCAAGCGGCUCCUGGACGACGUGUAUCUGACCAGCACGAUGAAAGCCCAGCGCGAGGUCGUCUCAAAUACCUCGUACAACUGUGUACGAGCUCCAUUGCCAACUUCUCCUGCAAACGCUAAUCCUAUAACAAUACAGAAAUGGUCACCGCCGUAUGUAUCGCCCGAGUGGCGGAUGGAUUCUGUGACGUGGGACAGAAGACAGUUAAGAACGUAUUGCAACCCCGACAAGGAGUUUUGGUUAACAAGAACACCACAAUGUCAAGAAUGCAAAGAUACAGCGGUACGCGAGCAGAGGAGAAAAAUACAAAGAUAAUACAGCCAUCCAAAUUAUACAUAUAUUGUAAUUCAAAUUAUCCAAAACAUUUAUUGUCAAACAUAACAUUAACACCGUAUGCAUACGUGGUACAAUAUUUUUAAUAAAUGUAGCCAAAUGAAAAUCAGUAUUAAUAAAUAUCAAUAUUAUACAUAGACAAUUUUUGCAUAAAAAAAAAUUAUAAAGAACGCUUGUUUUGUGAUGUCUCAAGUAGUUUCAUAUAAAAUCACUUGUUACAUCUUAUAUUACAUUGUAAAACAGAAGUUUUAAUUGUUUCUUUAAUUAGUUAUAGAUCAAAAGCUUAACAGCUACAAUUUCAAACAUUUACUUGUCCGAUCACUACCAUAAGAAUUUAGAUAGAGAGUUAAUCAAUGUUUCAUUUACAUUAUUGUAAAGUAUACAGUGUGUAACAGAAAGGGUAAAAGAAACAGAAAUCAGCGAUAAUUAUAAUAUUUUAUACAUAUACAAACCAAAAUAAUAAAGUGAUUUUUAUUUAAUGUUAUUAGAAUGGUUAACAAACUGACGACCUGAUGGUAAGUGGUAACUAUCGCCUAUAUACAUGAACAGUACCACGAAAUAAAGUUCUGUAAUUUCACUGAUUUAUCUCUCCUUACAAAGCAAGCUAUUGGCGGCUGAAAUAGGCGAGACUGGGGUACCUCAGUCUAGCCUAUUUCAGCCAUUA